UGUGAAUAGUUUAGUGAGUAACACAUCUAUAUCAUUUGUUGAACAUUACCUCUAGUAUCAUGAGUGUCUUUAAAACUCCUAAAAUAUUAUGUUUUCUUGUGUUCAUAUUACAUGUGACGACUGGACAACAAAAUGCUUCGGAUGGUUCUGAGCCAUCAAAGGACCUCGAAGAAACCUUACGUCUGGGGGCUCUUCCAACAGCACUAGCGGGCAGUUUGAGUCAGCCCUACAAUGUCACUGAUGAUCCGUGUGCGCCGUAUAAUCCACCUGUACCUGACUUCAGGGGUCCUGGUAGAAGGAUUAGCGACGUGAAAUGUUACGAGUACAUCUGGCAAGUGAAAAUACGGGAUAUAAGAGAAAAAAGGAUUAAGAAAUGUAGUGAAAUACAUCCAGUUCCUGGUAUUAUAGGAGGGCGCAAAGCAAAACGUGGAGAAUUUCCAAAUAUGGGAGCCAUAGGUUGGAAGCUAUUUGUCGGAACAUGGAGGUUCAUGUGCGGUGGUACAUUGAUUAGCCAGAACUUUGUGCUGACGGCUGCUCAUUGCUCAAGAGCAUCAGCGUCGGAUACUACUCUUGCUGAUACUGUGCCUAAAAUCGUUCGACUGGGUUCAAUGACAAUUGCGGAUCAUGACUUGAACGGCGUUGCAGCUUACGAUGUGGACAUUGUAAAAGUAAUUGUGCACCCACAAUACAAAUCACCGAAGCAGUAUUUCGAUAUUGCUCUGAUGGAAGUGGACCUGAAAGUUUACUUCUCACAGGACAUCCAACCUGCCUGCCUGUGGACUAAACAUGAUACUAGCACGUUUAAAACAGCUCUGAUUACUGGUUGGGGAGUCGUUGAAUCAGGAAGCCUAAAAACGUCUCCAGACCUCCUUGCUGCAGAAGUGGACUUCAUAGACUCGAAUACUUGCGAUGGUCUUCUCAAAAGAUCGUGCAAUAGAAACUGGUGUGGCCUAAAAGAACAUCAGUUUUGUGCCGGCAAAUUGAAUGGUGGGAAGGAUGCUUGUCAGGGUGAUUCAGGAGGACCACUCCAAGUUAAUAUUCCACUCCCAAUAAAGACUCAAGGCAAUAUGAACUACGUGGUCGGUAUCACGUCAUUUGGCAUUGGCUGUGGAUUACCAGGGCUACCAGGAGUUUAUAGUAGAGUAGCAAGCUUUGCCGAUUGGAUUGAGAACAUAGUGUGGCCGGGAGAGAAAUAAUUUUGUUGAAGGAAUUGAACCUCCUGAUAUUUAUAGCUGCCUGGUUGUAGUAAUUUUAGUUAGUUAGUUCAUAUAGAUAUUUUUGUUUCUUUUCAGAUCUUUAACGUUGUACACAGUCACUUUAAUUUAUUAUCUAGUUUAUCACUAUUAAUGAUAUUGAUCAUUACUUAUGUAACUUUAUCGAAAAAAUCAUUAAGAAAGCAUUAAUUGAUUCAGGUAUUAAAAUGUAUUGUACUGCUACAUCGAUUGAAUGGGUCUUUAGUAUCAUUAUCAAUUAUUUUGUUGACAAAGUCAGUAAUG